AUGAGAUUCCCGACGCUGAUAGCCGGCCUGAUGGCCUUUAUGGCCACCAAUGUUGCUGCGACAGCAUUGACCUACAAGCUUGCUGCGAACGAAAAGGCUUGCUUCUAUGCGACCACGAAGAACCAGGACGAGAAGGUCGCCUUUUAUUUCGCUGUUCAAUCGGGUGGUUCGUUUGAUGUCGACUACCUCGUCGAGGGUCCCGGUGGAAAGGUCAUCCUGCAAGGCGAAAAAGAGCGACAGGGCGACUUCGUCUUCACUGCGCAGCUGAUUGGAGAGUACUCGUUCUGCUUCGACAACGAGAUGAGCACAUUUUCUGAGAAAUUCGUCGACUUCGAGAUUGCUGUCGAAAACGAGUCCCGAACCGCCCAGCUGCCCUCCAAACAGGGCUCAUCACCAGAACAGACCUCGGUCCUGGAGGAAUCCAUCUUCAAGAUCUCCGGCCAGCUGUCUACCAUUUCCCGAAACCAAAAGUACUUUAGAACACGUGAGAACCGCAACUUCAGCACCGUUUCAAGCACAGAGAAGCGCAUUGUCAACUUCAGCAUGAUCCAGAUUGCUCUUAUUGUCUGCAUGGGUGCGCUGCAGGUAUUCGUCGUCAGAUUCUUCUUCCAGGGUGCUCGCAAGGGCUACGUUUGA